AUGAGUAACGUCAGCGUCGUCCAGGAAUUUGUGCUUCUGGGGUUUUCUCAUCGGCAUGAGUUCCAGAUCCUCCUGUUUGCUUUCAUCCUGUUGAUAUACGUGCUGACAGUUCUAGGGAACCUGGCCAUUAUCACCCUCACAUGUCUAGACUCCCGCCUCCACUCACCCAUGUACUUCUUCCUCUGCAACUCCUCCCUCAUGGAGAUGCUGGUCACUUCCACGGUGGUUCCUAGGAUGCUGGCAGACCUGCUGUCCUCUCACAAGACCAUGACCCUGGCUGAGUGCCUGACCCAGUCCUUUUUUUACUUCUCCCUGGGCUCCAUCAACUUCCUGAUCCUCACAGUCAUGGCCUUCGAUCGCUACGUGGCCAUCUGCCGCCCUCUGCACUACGCAACCAUCAUGAGCGGCCCCGUCUGUGUGAAGCUGGUGCUGGUCUGCUGGGUGGUUGGCUUCCUUUCCAUCAUCUCCCCAACCCUGCAGAAAACCCAGCUCUGGUUCUGUGGCCCUAAUGUCAUUGACCACUACUUUUGUGACUCUGCCCCGCUUCUCAAGCUUUCCUGCUCUGACACCCACCACAUCGAGCGCAUGGACUUCUUCCUGUCCUUGCUCUCCGUGCUGGCCACCAUGCUGCUCAUCGUGGUGUCCUACGUCCUCAUCGUGGCCGCAGUGCUGCACAUCCCCUCCUCCUCUGGGCGCCAGAAGGCCUUCUCCACCUGCGCCUCCCACCUCACGGUGGUGGUUCUGGGCUACGGCAGCACCGUCUUCAUCUACGUGAGGCCAGGCAAGGGCCACUCCACACAGCUCAACAAGGUGGUGGCCCUGAUGACUGCAGUGGUGACCCCAUUCCUCAACCCCUUCAUCCUCACCUUCCGGAAUGAGAAGGUCAAGGAAGUCAUUGAGGGUAUGUCUACAAGGAUCCUCCUCAGAGACCCAGCAGCCCGUGGAGCACCUGCCAAGUGA